AUGUCAAGUACGUUUCGUUCUGUCAAAGAAUUCAAUUCUUUUUUCUUCUUCUCUGUCAAGAGCCUACGCCCGCACGGUGAUCUGAUGCCGGCGGCCAACGACGUCACCCGUUUCAAUAGUGGAUUUCUAUUAUUAUUACUCGUCAACAAUUAUUACUCCGACCCAUCGGCAUUGCUGAACGACGACAAAAAAGAUCAGAAGAAAUAUUUUAUCGGAGAGAACCUUGUUCCUGCAUUUGAAUCAUCUGAAUUAUCCAGAUUUGUUAUCGAAGAGAAAACUCAUCCACUUUAG